UUAAGUUCCAAAGGAUUUCCACACUCGUGUGUCGGAAAUACGCUCGUUCACGGUUGAAUAAAAUCGGUUCCGUUUCGAAACGGCUGCUGCGCGAGAGAAGUUCUCUUCUCUCUCUCUCUCUCUCUCUCUCUCUCUCUCUCUCGAGGCAGAAUAGGUUCCGCUUGAAAGCGUGCUCGCAUGAAUGGAAUCCACGCACGCACACUUGGCCGCGUGUGCUAAAAGCACUGCAACCCUCGCGGAAAGGACAAACGUCACCGAUCGAUGUGUUUAUCAGACACGGUGAAAAAGGGAGGCUCCGAUGCCACACGGGCGUGUACCAACGUGUCUAUUAAAUAUCAUCGGUGCAGGAGAGGGUUCAUAAUCGAUGGAGCCGCCUCGGCAGGAAAGCAGUGACUUCGAAGUCAUGGAGAGGUUCAGUCCACCGGCGGCGUCGCUCAAGAAAAGAAUCAGCCCACCGAUCGCGUGGAACCUCGGCCUCAGCAGCCCCAAGGAGCCGAAAUUGUUCAAGGUGAUCCUGCUGGGCCUGCAGGGCGUCGGUAAAACUGCAUUGGCGGUUCGGUUCGCGACAAAGCGGUUCAUAGGCGAGUACGACUGCAGCACCGAGAGGAUGUACAAGGUUGACAACUUCCUGGACGCCUCGUGGGAACUGACCGACCCGCCGGGAUUCCUGCCACCCCCAACCGAGUUCAAGCUGCGAUUGGCCGACGCCAUAAUACUCGUUUACUCGGUCUCGGACCGUGUCAGCUUCGACGAAACCAAUCGGCUACGAUUUUUGGUGUCGCACGCGAAGAAAACUAGAAAGGUGCCACCAGUAGUGGUGCUAAUCGGGAACAAGUCGGAUCUGUCGUACACGCCGGGCGAAAGGGUCGUCUCCACCUCGGAAGGACGGCAAAGGGCGGAGCAGAUCGAGGCGCACUCGUUCCACGAGAUCUCCGUCCGGGAAUCCGUCGAACAAGUAAUUCAUCAUCUCACCUUGAACUCACGCAGAACAAUCGUUUCGAUCUCCUCGACACUAUCUUUAUCAAGUCAUGGCCGUUUUCACCGACGUCUACAAACUGUUGACGGAAUUGCCAGGAAAUUCUGGACAGCAGACGAACUCCUUCAGGGUGAGGGCGUCCACCGACAGCACCCUGAACGCUCUCCGUCGGCCGUCGCCAGUGCCCCUCAAGAGAAGGUUCAGCAUCUCUGUGCGGGGUGCAAACCAUUGAUCAGUGCGCUGCUUAUGCCACAGGAGGGGAACCAGAGAAGAAUUUAGAUCAGUUGCCCAUGUUUAUAUACUAAAAUUCACUUGCCUUUUCACUGAACCGAGCAUCUAACUUGCUGAAGCACCUAGAUUUAAAAUUAUGUCGAAGAUAACAUUGAUCAGAAGACCAAAGAUGUCUAUCUGUCCGAUGAAGCAUAAUUGUCUACUCUCUGUCUUGUUAAGUGCACAUCUUGCCUUGUACAAAUUGUCCCAUUGAUAAACGUUUCUAUAAAACAGACCUCGAUGAAAGUACAAAACCUUGCUAUGGAAAGAUUGUCGUACAUCUUUGUCGUCCUCGAUCGUUUGAAGGUCGAGUGUUAUAGGAAAGACUUACACCCUGUGAUAUAAUUUGUUAAAACUAUAUAUAUUGUAUAACAUCUGGUCCCGAGAAGAUUUAGCGGUACACGACAGUACUUAUUUUAUGGAGUAUUUUAACGGUUGUAUCGUCCAACAAUAAAACAAUGAUGGUUAAACAGCUUCA